AUGGUUUCAUCACUAAUGCGAUACUUACCAAAGACUGGAAGCGACAUUUGCGCUUUCACGUUUUUACUGUUUUCAAUUCAUAGCAUCGGCAUUUUUGAACUGUUUAUUGUCCUACCUUCGAUCUACCAUUCGCAGUCGCAUGCCACACCCACUGGGGGAUUUUCAUUAUAUUAUUUUCAUGUUUUCAUGGGUUUUUAUAUUUAUUUUAAUGUCAUGCUGAACCUGUACUUAAUUAUAACAACAAACACAUCUAUCAAAGGCAGAAUGCUACCAUCCAUCAUUAGACCAGGAUGGCGAUUCUGUGCAGUUUGCGAAAGUAACUCGCCCCCCAGAUCAUUUCACUGUUUCACAUGUAAAACUUGUAUUCUGAAAAGGGACCAUCACUGCACGUUUACUGGGAACUGCAUAGGAUUAUACAAUCACAGAUACUAUGUCAGCCUCGUUUUCUAUAUGUGUUUAGCUUGUGCUUAUUCUUGUGUUUUGAACUUUGACUUUGUGUACCACCUGUUUGGAACUGUGUCUGUGAAAUCCAUUCUUACAAUAAUGUUUCCAAUGAUAUCGUGGAUCUUUUAUAGUGGAGAUUCCAUGACAAAUGUUCAGGUUUUCAUGACUUCAUUAUGCCUGGUUGGAUUCUUUCUUACUGGUGGUCUCUUUGUGUACCACAUUGUAAACAGUAUCAAUGGACAGAUUGUGCAUGAAAGAACUUACAACAUCAAGACUUAUAACCUGGGAUGGAAAGAAAAUCUGGCUCUGUUGCUUGGCAAAAGGUGGAGAAUUGCUUGGUUGUGUUCUUUGAUAAAGUCACCGGUACCAUCUGACGGAUUGCAGUACAUCACCCGAGAGCAAUAUGAGUCUCUAAAGACAAUGUGA